CGUGGCACGCAGGAGAACGCCAACGUAGCAGCGCGCGGAAGGCCGGUCCCGGCGGACUGGGGAUCGUCCAGGCUUUCUCUUAUCCCUAGGUUCAGCACCAGCUGAGAGGCGUUAGCGGUUGUCAAAAUGUUGCGCGUGGUGAGUUGGAACAUUAAUGGGAUCCGGAGCCCUCUGCAAGGGGUGGCAAACGAGGAAGCCAACAACUGUACCGCCAUGGCCAUGGCGCGCAUUUUGGACAAGCUGGAUGCUGACAUCGUCUGUCUUCAGGAAACCAAAGUGACCAGGGAUGUGCUGACAGAGCCCCUGGCUAUCAUUGAGGGCUAUAACUCCUAUUUCAGCUUCAGCCGCAACCGGAGUGGCUAUUCUGGUGUGGCCACCUUCUGUAAGGACUGUGCUACGCCAGUGGCUGCUGAAGAAGGCCUGAGUGGCCUACUUGCCACUCAGAAUGGGGAUGUGGGUUGCUAUGGAAACAUGGAUGAGUUCACCCAAGAGGAGCUUCGGGCUCUGGAUAAUGAGGGCCGGGCCCUCCUCACACAGCACAAGAUCUGUACAUGGGAAGGUAAGGAGAAGAUCUUGACCUUAAUCAACGUAUACUGCCCCCACGCCGAUCCUGGGAGGCCUGAGCGGCUGGCCUUUAAGAUGCGCUUCUAUCGCUUGCUGCAGAUCCGAGCAGAAGCCCUCCUGGCAGCUGGCAGCCAUGUGAUCAUUCUGGGUGACCUGAACACAGCCCACCGCCCCAUCGACCACUGGGAUGCAGUCAACAUGGAAAACUUUGAAGAGGACCCAGGACGCAAGUGGAUGGAUGGCUUGCUCAGUAACAUGGAUUGCCGAGCUGGGUGCCACGUAGGGGCCUUUAUUGAUAGCUACCGCUGCUUCCAGCCAAAGCAGGAGGGGGCCUUCACCUGCUGGUCCACACUCACCGGUGCCCGCCGUCUGAACUAUGGCUCCCGUAUUGACUAUGUGCUGGGGGAUAGGACCCUGGUCAUAGAUACCUUCCAGGCCUCUUUCCUGCUGCCUGAGGUAAUGGGCUCUGACCAUUGCCCUGUGGGUGCAGUCUUGAACGUGUCCUCUGUGCCAGCGAAACAGUGUCCAUCUCUUUGUACCCGCUUCCUCCCUGAGUUUUCAGGCACUCAGCUCAAGAUCCUUCACUUCCUAGUUCAUCUCAAACAAGAUUCUGUGUGCAAGCAGUCAACACUGCAGCUCAGCAAUCAAACCCAAGUACAGAUACGCCAAAACAAAGCCCGCAUGCGCUCAGCCAGGCCUCGGGCAAGUCAGGCUGGCUCCAUUAGAGGCCAAAAGAAACUGAUGAGCUACUUCCAGCCGUCCUCCAGCCAUCCCCAAGCUUCUUCUAAUUUGGAGCUUCCUACCCUGGGUGCCCUUGUGACACCAAAGACCCCAAAAGACAAGGUGUUGGCCAAAGUGGUGGAGGGGCAGGCCAAGGCUUCAAAGUCCAAGGAUGAGAAGGAGGUACAGAUUUCAUUCUGGAAGUCGGUGCUGGGGGGCCCCUUGCCCAUGCCCCUCUGCGGGGGUCACAGGGAACCAUGUGUGAUGCGAACUGUGAAGAAACCAGGACCCAACCUGGGCCGCCACUUCUACAUGUGCUCCAGGCCCCGGGGUCCUUCCACUGACCCCUCUUCCCGCUGCAACUUUUUCCUCUGGGGCAGGCCCAGCUGAACCAACCUAGGCCUAGGGAUUGUGGCUUGGUCAACCCUGGGCAUGCCCCUCCUGAGGCUAGUGCCUUCCUAAGCUGUCACUUCUUCCCCUCUCCCUCCUCCCACUUCACCUUCCUCAAGGAUCCUUUUGUUUCUCUUCCUCUAAGUCCCCUCUUCUUCCUGCCUAUCUCCUCAUUGGUGUACUUCUUGUGCCUUAAUGCUGCUACCCAGGCCCCCACCCUACUUCCCACCUUCCUGUAAGAAGUACACAGGAACCAGUUGCUCUAGGACAUUUGAAAACCCUUCCCUUCCUUGCUGGGAAAUGUAUGUAUGCCUAAAUAAAGUCUGUGUCUUUGUUUUAGUGCACCAUGUCAUUUGAACAUUUUGGAUAUACUCCAUGAGAUGUUAUCUCAACACUGGGUUUGCCAACUACCUGUAGCCUGAUAAUAUAACUCAGGAAGAGGAGAGGAAGGAGGAAUGGUGCUCACCAUAAAGGGUUCUGCUGAGUUGUAGGGUUUCCUGCACUGCUGAGGUUGGGUCAGCAAGGGAGGUGGGUGUGGUGUGACAGAAAGCUCAGGUGGGCUGUGCCAGCUAUAAAUCAGCACUUCCCAACUGGUAUGUCUAACAGCUGCCAUAAAUGGCUUAUAGGGUGGAAAGAAAUGGAUCUGUCAGCUCUAGAGUUGCCAGGCAGGGUCAAGAAUUGCACAAGGGUCAGGAAAGAUGGCCUCCUAGGCAAGCAUUAUCAUUACUUCACCCAAGUGUGCCAUACAAAUAUUUUCUUUGUGCUGUGAACUGGUAAGGUUGGGAGCAUUGCCUUGAUCAAGUUGCUUGCUAUAGUCAAGACUGUUUCUCGGCUUGUAAAAUGGGGCUGGUAAGUCCUGUUCUAUAAGGCGUUGUAGGAACAAAAGAGGAUAAUGGAUUGAAGAGGGCAUCCAUUCCUUCUGCUGGAAAAUAUCUCCAAAGGUUUGGUAAACUACUCUCCUCCAGGUAGUUGGUUGGAGCUGACUCUCUCCUGGUUUCAGGGACUACCUGAGAUCCAGGUUUCCAGGUUGACCAGUGAUGAGUCAAUCCCUGGAUUUUUCUUGAAACCAUUGGGUAAGAGCCAUUUCAAAUAAACCUGCCAUGUGUCU